CGAAUUCGGGUCAAUACUAUUAACUCGAACAAGACAGUCGGGUUGGAAUGUUACUGCAGAACUAGGAAAUUGAGGAAAUCUAAAGGAAUCAGAAGAAGCCGUUGAAACCCAAACCCUAGCGACCCAAUUAUAAUUAACCUAAAAAAACAACACUUGAAGAUGGACAUUGAUACGAAUUCCAGAACACCGGAAGAUGAUGGGCAGAUGGACACAGAUGAUUCCAUUACAAAUGAUGAUAUUACCGAGUCGAUGGGGAAGUUGAUUAUCGAUGAAUCAAGAUCAAGUUCAUUCAAGAAUAAACCUGUUAUUAUCUUUCUUGUAGGAAUGGAAGGAAGUGGAAAAACUACUUUUCUUCGACAGAUGGUUUGCUAUACACAAGCUUCUAACAUUAGUAGUUAUGUUAUCAAUCUUGACCCUGCUGUUAUGAACCUGCCAUUUGGUGCUAAUAUUGAUAUACGAGAUACUAUUCAGUACAAGGAUGUGAUGAAGCAAUGCGAUAUUCGAGCUAAUGGUGCCAUCUUAACAUCAUUUAACUUGUUUGCCACAAAGUUUGAUCAGGUCAUAUCUGCAAUACAGAACCGCGCAGAUCAGCUAGAUUAUGUUCUGGUUGACACUCCUGGUCAAAUUGACAUGUUCACUUUGUCUGCUUCCGGAACCAUGAUAACGGAAGCGUUUGCUUCAAAUUUUCCUACUGUGAUCACAUAUGUAGCUGACACACCUUGCUUGCAAGUUCCAACCACAUUUAUGAAUAAUAUGCUAUAUGCUGGCAGCAUCCUUAACAAGGCACAACUGCCGUUGGUACUUGCCUUCAACAAGACUGAUGUGGCACAACAUCAAUUUGCUUUUCAGUGGAUGACAGAUAUUGGGGUGUUCCAUGCUGCACUGGCCUCAGAUAACAUUUACACUCCUAACCUGACCCAAAAUCUCUCCCUUUUUCUAGAGGAGUUCUCUGAGAAUUUACGUGCUGUUGGAGUCUCUGCAGUUUCUGGAGCUGGCAUGGUAGAAUUCUUUGAGGCCAUCAACACAAGUGCAAAUGAAUACCUCAAAAUUUACAGGUCUGACCUCGACCAGGGACGGAUCGAGAGACCAUGGCUGGUUGUCGAACGCUGCAAAGAGUACAUGUAUAAGCUAAGGAAAGAAAUGGAGAAGACGAAGAAAGAAACAGUGGCAUUGAGCACAAGCUUGAAGGACAGAGAAGCGAAUAGUAUGGUAAUGACUGUUAAAGAAUGUGUAGAGGGAGACGACAAAUUUUUUGGAAGGUAUUCUGACGAUGAAGGAUUCACUGAGCGGGAUGGUGAUGGUGAAGAAGAUGACGAAGCAGUUGCAAGUUUUUGCACAUAAUUCUGUUUGAUGCGACAAAAAUGUCCGGUAGUCAAUUGUACAGAACCAACAAUGAGCAGCUAAGCCUUUUAUUCAAACGACCAGAUAUUAUCAUCACUGUAAAUAUUUGGAUUUUUGAGCAUGUACUGGUUUGCAGUUUGCUCAAGUAGGAUAACGAAUAAAUAAGUCCUCUCUUUAAUAGUGGGCCAGUAUUGGUGAUAUGGGCUAGAAUGGUAGAUGAGCCGGGACAGUAUAGAAUGGUUGAGUAGUUGGACUGGAAUGGUUUUAGAGCCCAAUAAUAUGUAUCCAAGAAACUGAGGUAGAUAUUACGCGUCUUAACUCGGAUUUGCCCUUAGUUUGCUUCAA